UAUUUGCGGAGCCUGGGUUCCCAGGGGGCGUGUCCGGGGCGUGUUGUGGGCGGGGCAUGCAUUGGGCCGUGGGAAUAAGAGCUAGGUAGGUCUGCUGGAGGCGGCGGGGCCGAGAGGUGCUAGGAGACGAGAGCGAGCCUGGGGCAGUGGCAGAGCCUGCUGGGGGUCGUCGUCCACCCCGCGGUAUUCGCGGCUGGGUGAUGGUUGGCGGGAGGAGGCGGAGGAGAGGGCGGGCCCGGGGAGAUGCGGGCCGGGGUGGGUGUGCGCGGGGCUGAGUGGGCAGCGGGGAUGCGGGGCGGGCCCGGGAGGGGGCGGGCCCCUGGAGAGGCCUCCGGGGCGCGGGCCGAGGCGGGCGGCGCGGGGCUGAGUGGGCAGCGGGGAUGCGGGGCACGAGCUGCGUGGGCGGCGGCGGCGAGAGCCCAGGGGGCGCCGGGCUGAGCGAGGGUCCACGGGGUCGCUGGCUGCGUUUGGCCCCGGUCUGCGCCUACUUCCUGUGCGUGUCGCUGGCCGCCGUGCUGCUCGCCGUCUACUACGGGCUCAUCUGGGUCCCCACGCGGCCCCCCGCCGGCCCCGCAGGCCCGCCGCCCAGCGCGCCGCCCCCGCCCUGCGCCCCUGCGCCCCCGGCCGCCGCUGCCGCCUCCUGCCUCCCGGGGGCCCCCGGCGGGCCGCCGCCUCCCCAGCUCGACCUGCCGCGGAGCCGCCGCCGCCGCCGCCACCCGAGCCGCCCGCCGUCCGCACAGACACCGGAGGCCGUAGGGGGCCGAGGACCGGGGUGACCUCCCUUCCACCCGCAGCUGCCCCUCCGCGGACGCCGCAUCCCUCGCCGAGCCCGCGUUCCCUCCCGGUGACGUCGCCCCGUGGAGGAUGGGGGGCGGGCGGGCGCGGGUCCUGCACCGCCGGGAGGGGCGGGUCCUCCCUCCCCCACCUCGCCUGCUGACCCCCCAGCCCCUGCAGAGACCCUGACACAGAACCCCCAGCCCUCGCCGCUUCUCCAUGAGUCUUCGUGUCUAUGUGCAAUAAACUCCAGCCCCAGCUGC